AUGGUUCGCGAAUUCAAACAAGGUAGUCGGCCAAAACGACUGGCCAAAAGACCCAAAAUCAAAGGCUGUCACGAGUGCUCUCGCCGUCGAAUUGACUGUGACCGCGGACAGCCAGCUUGUCAAAAAUGUGUAUCGAAGGGCCUUGAGUGUAGUGGCUUAGGAACCAUAUAUCGCUUUCACAGUGGUCCCCAAUACAAGAAGAAAAGUAACGGCAGUGAAAGAACAUAUAAUACUGACACAGACCCUAGACAUCCCUCUUCACGUAUUCCAAAUUCUUCAAAGUGUGAAGGAAUGAACUCCAACGGCAUCAGUUAUUCAACUACAGAUGCUAAGCAAAAAGCCGAGGUUUGUGUAUAUGCCUCAGGAAUCAAUACAAACGGACUUUCGAACCUAGGGAAAUGCAAUAAAGAGCCCCCCAAACCUUUUCUGAACUUUAACACAUUACGUCCCACUGAGCCAGCAAUUCGAUCAUUAUUAAAAUAUUUCUCACAACACAUUGCACCGCUUGCAGCAAUUAUCGACGUCGGGUUCAAUGGAUACCGAGACUUGAUCAUUCCGCUCGCCGAGAGCGAUAAACUGGUUCAAAAAGCAGUUGCGUUGGUCUCUACCAAUCAUUUAUCAAUGAAGUUAGAAGGCCUCGUAAUACCAAAUGCUGCUCUCUAUUCCGAGGUGUUUGACGAGCUGCUGUUCCGUUCGCAAAAUUCAGAUCCCAGUCAUGAAACGGCCAACCUUACUGCCACUCUUCUUCUUUUACUAUCGGAAAUGAUCACAGGUAAUGUCAAUUUCAGUGUGAUCUAUAAGAUGUUACGCGACUUUUUGUUUGCUGCAGGUGACCGACUAGUUCUAGUCAGCUGCCAGCUUGAUGAAUUUUUGAGAAUUCAAAUUCAACGUUUCCAGCUAUUUGUCGAGCCUUUAUUGGAUGAAACGAGAGGGUCCCUUUUUGUGAUGAUGCAGACAGAGGACUGUCUGGAAUUUCUUAGAUUUUGCCUCACCCUCCAUCCAGAGUACCAGGAUCAGUUAGGUCUUCUACGAGAAAUGAUCACUCUGGCUUGUGAUAUAUAUGUCCACCGUGCAAUCAAUGAUCCACCGAUAUCUUCGACAAGCCACUUGAUAAAAAAAUUUCGACAAGUUACUCUUGACUUUGAACAGCGUGGGAGCAUGAUCGGAUGUCAUGUAUUAAGCUGGCCUUAUUUUGUUGCUGCAGCAGAAAGCGUACACUUGGAAGAUCGCACAUUCUUUGUUCACCGAUUAGAAAUUGUGUGUACGACAACAGGAUUCCAGAAUAUCCGUGGUGCAAUACAACAGCUACAACAUAUUUGGGAAUGUCAAGGCACUACGCGAUGGACCAGUCUUCUUGGAGGGCCAACGCAAGUUUUGAUCAUGUGAAGCUGGCAGAAGAAGAGACGGAGAAUAGCAAACCAAACAUCCUAUUACAGGACAUCCCAGAAACGAGAAAUAUCGGUAAAAAACCAUAGAUCUUGGACAUGCUGCUAGGCGCGAAUUCUUAGUG